GUCUGUUGGCAGUGACGGGGAUGCGUUGUACAUUACAGAAGAGGAGCUGGCGGGGGAAGACGAAGACAUGUCCUCCUUCCCAUGCGCCCCGGAGGGCCGGCCAGGACCCCACUGUAGCCGUUGCCAAAAGAACCUGUCUUUGCACACUUCGGUGCGGAUUCUCUAUCUCUUCCUGGCUCUGCUUCUGGUGGCUGUGGCUGUGCUUGCUUCUCUAGUUUUCAGGAAAGUAGACUCUCUCUCAGAAGACAUCUCCUUGGCCCAGUCCAUUUAUGACAAGAAGCUUACGUCGAUGCAGGAAAAUCUUCAAGGGCUGGACCCUAAAGUUCUGAACAACUGUUCUGUCUGCCACGAGGCUGGGCAGUUGGGCCAAGAGAUUAAGAAGCUGCAGGAAGAGCUGGAGGGACUUCAGAAGCUGCUGCUGGCCCAGGAGGUGCAGCUGGACCAGACCUCGAGGGCCCAUGAACUGCUCUCCACCACCAGCAGUCAGAUCUCCCAAGAGACGGGUGGUUGCUCCUUCUCUAUCCACCAAGUCAAUCAGUCUCUGGGGCUCUUCCUGGCCCAGGUGAGGGGUUGGCAGGCCACCACCACGGGCCUAGACCUCUCUCUGAAGGACCUCACUCAGGAGUGCUAUGAUGCCAAAGCCGCCGUCCACCAGAUCAACUACACCGUGGGCCAGACAGCGGAGUGGAUCCAUGGAAUCCAGCGGAAGACGGACGAGGAGACCCUGACCCUCCAGAAGAUGGUCACCGACUGGCAGAACUAUACUCGUCUCUUUGGAGGCCUGCGCGCCACCUCUGCCAAGACCGGAGAAGCGGUCAAGAGCAUCCAGGCCACCCUGGGGGCCUCCUCCCAACGCAUCAGCCAGAAUGCCGAGAGCAUGCACGACCUGGUGCUGCAGGUCAUGGGCUUGCAGCUGCAGCUGGACAACGUCUCAUCCUCCCUGGACGACCACGAGGAGAACAUGCAUGACCUGCAGUACCAUACCCGCUAUGCCCAGAACCGUACCGUGGAGAGGUUUGAGUCCCUGGAAGGACGCAUGGCCUCUCACGAGAUCGAGAUUGGCACCAUCUUCACCAACAUCAACGCCACGGACAACCACGUGCACAGCAUGCUCAAGUACCUGGACGACGUGCGGCUCUCCUGCACGCUGGGCUUCCACACACACGCCGAGGAGCUCUACUACCUGAACAAGUCCGUCUCCCUCAUGCUGGGUACCACCGACCUGCUCCGAGAGCAUUUCAGCCUGCUCAGUGCCCGGCUGGAUUUCAACGUCCGCAACCUCUCCAUGAUUGUGGAGGAGAUGAAGGCCGUGGACACGCAGCACGGAGAAAUUCUCCGCAACGUCACCAUCCUUCGAGGUGCCCCUGGCCCUCCAGGACCGAGAGGACUCAAAGGCGACGUGGGUGCCAAAGGGCCCCCUGGCGGCAGAGGACCCAAAGGAGACCCUGGCAACUUAGGCCCCCCGGGACCUCAGGGUCCCCAAGGGCAGCCUGGGGAGCCUGGACCCGUGGGGGAAAGGGGACCAGUUGGCCCACGAGGCUUCCCGGGCCUCAAAGGCUCAAAGGGUAGCUUUGGCGUUGGAGGACCCAGAGGACAGCCAGGCCCCAAAGGGGAUGUGGGAGCUCCCGGGCCAGAGGGGCCCCCAGGGUCUCCUGGGCCCUUGGGACCUCAGGGAAAACCAGGGAUUGCAGGGAAAACAGGGUCUCCAGGUCAGCGGGGGGCCAUGGGGCUGAAGGGUGAACCAGGCAUCCAGGGCCCCCCUGGCCAGCCUGGACCCCCAGGCCCACCUGGAAGCUAGAGCCCCUCCCGAGAAGGGUCCCUAGCCCGGACACUGCCACAUAGCAGGGGACGGGGGGAUGGGAACACAAAGCCUCACCGUCCACAGACACUCGUGAUGCUCUGACUGUGAUGCAGGGCUGACCUGCAGCUUUGGGCCCCCCAGUGACUCUGCCCUAGGAGAGCAACCUCCCCUCGUGCAUGCGUGCACACACAUGUAUGUACAUGCACACGUAUACACACGCACAUGUUCACAGUCACACGGUUGGCCUGCUGGCCAAGGUGGCAGACGGGGCAGGAGGAGAGGGCAGAACACCCCUCCCCUGGGACUGAGCCUGCUAGCGAGCUGGCUGCCUCAGGACGCAGGCCUUGGGUCUCUCUCUGAGUACCGCACCGGCUCCUCCUUUCCGGUAACUUUACACUCACAGGGGCCAGAAGCUUCCUGCCCUCCCGCCCCCUUUGAAAAGACCUAGGGCAACUUUUGUGAGGCAUCAGUUCACACUGUAGGGAGGAGGUGAGCUGGGCAGCAGCCAGAGGCGCAGGGCUCUCAGAGAGCUGCCUCUGCUCCUGAGGGCAGCGCGGCUCCCCCCAGGCUGGCAUUUUGUGGGCCCUGGGCCUGGCACCCCUCAGAAGCCCGAUGGAUUUCUCCCCUCACCAUGUCCCCAAACCCUUUGCCUAAUGUUGCCCCUGCAUCUCAGAAGCAGCUGGGAAGGAGUCCAAGCGGGGGUUCCAUCUGCAUGGGGAGGAGACUGUAAGGUUCUGGAACAUUCUGCCUAGGUGCUCCCUAGCACGCAGGAAGCUGCAGAUGUGGCAACAGGAGGCUAAGGCGGGGAUGAAGAGUUUCUCUGCACAGCUGAGCUGUGCUCCACUGAGGCAGACGUGCCCUGUUCCCAGCCGCGCUCCUCAUGGGGGCUGGGGAGGAACGGGCUGAAGGAGGGCAUCAGCUGACACCAGGUGGCCAGAGGUCCUCCUGUCCCUAGUGACCCUGCCCCACUGCCACCCAGAAUGGCUAGAGUGCUCUCCACCCAAGCAGUACGAGUCCAGACAUCCAGGAGAGGCUCCUGUGGCAUUGCCCUGCGCCCUGCACGCACCUCCGGCUCCCCUGGCAGAGAGGAGUUCCCGGCUGAGCUGUCUGCUCCCAACUGCCCUCGGCCUGCUCCAGGCCUUCCCGUCACAUCCUCGGCGACCUACAUGUGCAACUGGCUUGCACGAGCCCCUGCCCACAACAUGUAACGCCCUGUCCACGUACCACGAUAUCAUGUCACAUAAUAAUACCGACCCAGUAAA